AUGGCCAAGGGCCAAUCACCUCAGAUUCUCUGGAUCGGAUGUGCCGACUCGCGCUGCCCAGAGACCACCAUCCUGGGCCUGAAGCCCGGGGAAAUAUUUUGCCACCGCAAUAUCGCCAACAUCCUGGUCAACACAGACAUCAACUCCCUCUCGGUCAUUCAAUAUGCCGUCCAAUACCUGAAGGUUAAGCACAUCAUCAUCUGCGGCCACACCUCUUGUGGAGGUAUCGCGGCGGCCCUAGGCAACAAGAAACUUGGCCUGAUUGACACCUGGCUGAUGCCACUCCGAGCAAUUCGCCAAGAGAACCUGUCUCUCUUGAACAGCUUGGACGAGACACAGCGGGGCUUGAAGAUGGUCGAGUUGAACGUUCGGGCCGGGGUCAAAGUGCUCCUGGCGAACCCGAUCGUCCUGGACGCGAUGGAUGAACGUGGCCUCCAAGUCCAUGCUCUAAUCUACAACGUCGGAACCGGCGAGUUGCGGGAGCUGGACAUCGAGGAGGACGAGGAAGUGAUCAAGAGCCGGGUCACCGCCUUCAAGACCGAGGACUAA